GUUUUCAAAGCAGCCGCAGCGCCGCGGCAGUGCCGCUCUGAGAAGGAAGCAAGGCAGAGGGAGCCCGGCCGAGCAGAGCAGAGGGUCGUGCUGAGCCAGGGUUACAAGCUCAAGGCAGGAAUUUUGACACUCUCAAGAGAACGGCUCUGCCUCCGCAGCUCAGCUGACUCUACCAUGCGGACUCUGCCCCUCUGGGUCAGGACCUGGGUUUUAAAAUAAGAUGGAUGACCUGACGUUACUUGAUCUUCUGGAGUGCCCCGUGUGCUUUGAAAAGCUCGACGUCACAGCUAAGGUCCUCCCUUGCCAGCACACCUUCUGCAAACCAUGUCUCCAGAGGAUUUUCAAGGCCCGCAAGGAGCUGAGGUGCCCCGAGUGCAGGACCCCGGUGUUUUGCAGCAUCGAGGCGCUGCCGGCCAACCUGCUGCUCGUGCGCCUCCUGGAUGGCGUGCGUUCCGGGCAGAGCUCCGUGAGAGGGGGCUCCUUCCGCAGGCCCGGCCUGCUGACCUUGCAGGACGGCAGGAAAAGCAGGACUAACCCCAGAGCUCUGCAGUCCGGCUCUUUCCGGCUCGUGCCUAAUAUCAGAAUCCACAUGGAUGGGGUGCCUCGAGCAAAGGCCUUGUGCAACUACCGAGGGCAGAAUCCCGGCGACCUGAGGUUUAAUAAAGGAGAUGUCAUCCUCCUCCGGAGACAGCUGGAUGAGAACUGGUACCAGGGGGAGAUCAACGGAGCCCAUGGGUUCUUCCCAGCCAGCUCUGUGGAGGUCAUCAAACAGCUGCCCCAGCCACCCCCACUUUGCCGGGCUCUCUACAAUUUUGACCUACGAAACAAGGACAAGAAUGACAACCAGGACUGCCUGACCUUCCUUAAGGAUGACAUCAUCACUGUCAUCAGCCGAGUGGAUGAAAACUGGGCAGAAGGAAAGUUAGGGGAUAAAAUAGGCAUCUUCCCCAUCUUGUUUGUUGAGCCAAACCUCACAGCAAGACACCUGCUAGAGAAGAACAAAGGCCGUCAGCCGUCCCGCACCAAGAGCCUGUCUCUGGUGUCCACAUCCUCCAGAGGCAAAGCCACCAACACACCCACGCUCCGAAGGGGCGCUGGGUCUAGGAGGAAGGGGCCUGGGCAGUUCUCCAUCACAACAGCCUUGAACACCCUCAACAGGAUGGUCCAUUCUCCCUCGGGGCGCCACAUGGUGGAGAUCAGCACCCCGGUGCUAAUCAGCUCCAGCAACCCCUCCGUGACCAUGCCGCACGUGGAGAAAGCAGAUGUUCUCCCUGGCUCUGCGGGACAGGUCUCCACGUAUCACCCCACACCCUCCUCCCCGGGACAUUCCACAGCCAUCGUCAGUCUGCCUGGCUCCCAGCAGCACCUGUCAGCUAACAUGUUUGUAGCCCUGCACUCCUACUCAGCCCAUGGACCUGAGGAGCUGGACCUGCAGAAGGGAGAGGGUGUCAGGGUCCUGGGGAAGUACCAGGACGGCUGGCUCAGGGGCGUCUCCUUGGUCACCGGGCGAGUCGGCAUCUUCCCCAACAGCUACGUCAGCCCCAUUUUCAGAAGGCCGUCUAGUUUCCCCGAUUCCCGGUGCCCUGGUCUCUACACCACAUGGAUGGUAUCGACCUCCUCUGUGUCCUCCCAAGGCAGCUUUGCAGAAGGUGAUCCCCGACAGAGCCGUCCCUUCAAGUCCGUCUUUGUACCCACCGCCAUCGUCAACCCCGUGAGGAGCACAGCCGGCCUGGGGACGGCGGGGCAGGGCUCUCUUCGGAAGGGGCGGAACAGCAUGAGAAAGAAUGGCUCCCUGCAGAGACCUGUCCAGUCGGGGAUCCCCACCCUUGUGGUGGGCUCCCUUAGACGCAGUCCCACCAUGGUCGUACGGCCUCAGCAGUUCCAGUUCCAUCAGUCACAGAUGGUCGCCUCCGCACCUUUGGCGGAGAUGGGACCCAAGCCGGUUCCCAUGGGGGAGCCCGCCCUCACGUGUGUCAGCAGGGGCAGCGACACCAGGAUCCACUCGGCAGCCAGCUCCAUCAUCAUGGAAGGCAAGGAAAUCCCCGUCAAGAGUGAGCCUCCACCCAAACCGCCUGCAUCCGCGCCACCAUCGAUCCUGGUGAAACCAGAGAACUCCAGAAAUGGCAGUGAAAAGCAAGUCAAAACCGUGAGAUUUCAGAAUUACAGCCCUCCUCCCAGCAAACACAGCACCUCUGGGAAGCCUGACCAGCCAGCCACCCCCAAGGGAUCCCCGCCAGAAGCCACCCCGCUGGGCGCAGACAUGACCAUCCUAUUCGCCCACCGAAGCGGCUGCCAUUCGGGACAGCAGACGGACUCCCGGCAGAAGUCAGCCUUCGGCAAGACCGUGGCCCCAGCGUCCGCUGCCUCAGCCGCACAGACCGUGUUUCCCAGCAAAUGAGUCUACAGGUGGCUCUUCCUAAACCCCAAAGAGACUCUGCCUUGGUAAUCUUCCCAGGAGGAGCUAGCAACAACGGGGAUAUUGACAAGAACAAGUGACCAGAUUGGAUGGAAACUGCUCGAUGGAGAGUUUAUGGACCCUGUGAUAUUGCCUGGACAUCAGGGAUGGUAUAGGGAUACCAAUAGGCUGGCCUCCAAGACAGAAGGAUAAUAGGAGAAAGAACUAACACAUCUCCACCCACAGUAUCAAUGGGUGGUAGGCCAGGAUAGAGAAACAAAAGUAUGUCAUGUGUUGUUUCAGGUUACUUCAUUCUGUUGUCAAAGCCAAACUGGAUCUUGCCAAUUUCUCACACCUUGGCACCUAACUGACACGUGAAUGACUGGACAUCAAAUGCCUUUCAGCUCUGUGCCUGGCCUAUCUCUCCAGCUCAGAAUGAGAGCAGUCCAGGAGAGAGCAGAACGUUCUCUGGCUGUUCAAGCCAGACAGGCCCAUGCACCUGCAGUGUCCCUGUCCUUCGCCCCUCCCCUGCCCGACUCCUGACCUAGCAUCCCAUUCCCUCUGCCACAUCCUCAUCCUUUUCCAUUCCAACUCCACUCUGUCACCUCCCACCCCACAACAACACCUUCAAACCCAGAGGGCUUCUGUUAGAACAUCCUGGUCAAGGAAACAGGGACUUGGUACCUAAAGAAUCUCAGAUAAGAAAAAUCCACAGUGUUACAGAGAGAUGCCACAGACUACAAUGCUUACAGAGAGGCCAUUUCAGGUCUAAAGAUAUAAAAAUGCAUUCUUUUUUAUUCAGAAAUAAACUAUCUUAAAGGACAAGUCAUUAGUAGAUAGUCUACCCCUGGUUUUAAAAAAAAAACUGUAUAGUUUUAAAUUAUCCGUGCUAACACAGAUAAAUGUAAUUCACAAGUACCCUGAGACUCUUUGAGCCAUACAUUUUGAUCUUCUCCAUGAACUUAAGACAUCCAGAAGGAUUCCAUUUUUAUGUGCCCUGAUUACCAAAGACAGUGACAAGAAUGCAGCAUCAUUUGGGUCUGCUGGUUGUUUUCAAGUUCAAGAUCAUAAUUUGGCAGUGAAGCAUCCUCAGGCUGUCAUCAGACCUACAUGUAAGCAGGAGCACCAUCAGCCAAACCUUGAGCAGAGUAAGGAUUCGAUUUUGUGGUUACAGAAAUGUUUUUCUUCUACGUGAAGCCAGCACCCAUCCCUUCAUGAGAUGAGUAACGUAGACUUCUUAACCACACCCCUUUUUCGGUUAACCUCAGGGGAAUGCGAUAAUAAGCAACAAGAAGCCCCAAAGUAUUGGCUUUACCUGCCAAGUGGUCCGUGAGAAAGCAGGAGGUAUGAGAAGACCACAGAAAGGAUAACUCAGUGAUGACAUCUUCCCACACAUGGUCAGUGACGGUGCUGCCAAUUGUCAGUCAUCCCUUUUCUCUGAACCCCUGGGACUAAAGUGUUGUUUCCAUUUCCUCUGAGAUGAAUUCAGGUUUGGUUGGCUCCUCAGUAGCCUCAGCAGCAAUGAAUAUAGAGAUGCUGCCUUCAGAUCCUGGAACCUACUUGUUGCUACCGUGACGCCUUCCAGCGCACUAUACAUAGGUUUUAAUGGCUUCAUUUUUUUCCCAGGGUAAAGUCAUUGAAUGUCACAGUUGGAAGGAGUAUUAUUUUAAUUGAUGAUAUAUGGACAGGUUAAGUAAAGGCAAGCCGCCCAAAUGAAAGCAAGUUCUAGAAACGGGGAGAAACAAUAUAACUUCUAAUCCCCAGAAACCAGGACACCAUCCUAGCUAAUCAUAGCCCUGUCUUCGAGCCCUCUUGCUCAGGCUUUCUUUUUACACUGACUCCCACCUCAUAUUUAAAGCAACUGGAAACCACCUCUCUUAGUUUUUUACUUGCUGGUUUUGAAGUGUCUGGGAAAUUUCCAGGGUUUAUGGUGGAAUGUUUCAUGGAGACUUAGCUUUUCCUCAGAACCUGCUUAACCAACCAACCAAAUAUUUUCUUAAAAACACAAAAUGAAGACUCUGAUUUCUUCCCAACCAAACCCUGAAGGUUAAGAAAAGCUCCCUCGUUUCCUAACGUUUUCAUCUCUGGACUGUCAGUUCCAGUAUAUAGUUUCCAAAUGGUCGUGGGUCAAAAGGUGGUGGAGGUGGAGGUGGCAGAGGUGGCGGAGGUGGUGGCGGUGAUGUCGGUAAUGGAGGUGGUGGGCAGGAGGGCAAAGAUAAGUUAUAAUGAUCCGAAUGAGGUCAGCCCAGAAGUUUACCCCAGAAUAGUGUGCUAACCAUGAAGUCUGAGUUUUAUCUUCUGGGAUUGUUGCUUCUUAUGACUAUGCUGGGGCAGGGAGGAGAGUGUGUUGUUUAGGGAAAGAAAAAAAAAAGAGGAAAGAGAAAAUGAAAGGGGAGAAAAAUUCCCUCCUCAUUGGAAAUAUAAGAAAAAAGCUAUAGACUCUUCUUGCGUCUCUGCUUGUUUUAUUUUUUAAGUACAGUGUUUUUAAUAGACCAAAAGAGAAUCUUUGUGAGGAAAUAUUUUUGCGAAUACUGCUUAUAAAAGAGUAUAACAUGUCAGUCAUUAUGGACUAUUAUAUAAAUAAAUCUUAGAUAAUAUAAAAUAUAUAAACAUAUAAAAAUUCAUUUUAUAGGGUUGUAGACACUUAAGGACUUCCAGGCUUUUCAUAUAUUUGUUCCAAAAAAAUAGAGAGUUCCAGGCCUGGCACCUUAUUUCUUAGACUGUGCCCCUGUAGAGCCAAGAAUUUUGCUGGGGUUUGUUUGUUGGGUUUCUGGUGUUGCAAUUUGUCAUGUGUAUGAGUUACUUUGCCAUGUCUGUUGUUGCAUGUGUGUGGGUGUCGUUUGCCCACAUGGAAUCAUCAGAGAUCCGUGUCACACACUGCAUCUCGGAAAACCAAAUGAAACUUUCUAGUGAGAAGAAAAACACACAGAACAUUGCCUUCACUCUUGGGUACCUCUCAGAGCUGGGCCGCUGACAGCUCACUGUAAGUCUGAGGAAAUGGGAAGUUUAACAUCAGAGUUGUCUCUCGCUUCAAUAUUUGGUGUUGAAUAUCCUUUCUCCUGGGAAGGAGGCACAUACUUUGGUUCAGUGCCUUUUAUUCUUGGACUUGACAUGUUCUAGAGGCAAUCAGGAGUCACGGCCCUAAACCACCUUGCUUUUGGGACUUCUCUCCAGCGUCAGAUUCCCAAGAAGUGUAUCCCCGUGCUAAUUCUCUGUGUUAUGUUCCGUGAUUCGUGAUUCGUGAUUCGUGAUAGACUCAAUGCUUUCAAAGCCCAGAGUUUUCUUUGUCUGGGUGUGUGGCUCUAAUGAAGUGUUAAGUGUGCUCUUUACCACCCAGGCUGAUCAGAAGGAGGAAAGGGGAAAACAGGCGGGCGGCUCCCCUGCUGGAGAGGUCCAUUUGCACCUCGUACAUCAGCUGAGACACACGGGCCAGAAACUGGUGCGUAAAAUGCCGUCUGUUCUCCACGCAGGAAGUGUCGCUCCUGUGGACGUGGGGAGAUUACUCAAGUCUCCUUUGCCAAAAAUGCUUGUUGUCCCAGGCUGUAAGCUUGUGAAGCCUGAUGUAUGCUUUAGUAAGAAACAAUAAAACAGGUUUAUUUUCACGUAA